AUAUAUCAGCUUUUUCGUAAUAUUUCUAUUUUUUGUAAUUAUAUGUGUGAGGUGCAGAUGGGGAAACCUUUUCACAGAUGAGAGAGCCAAAACCCGAAGUUCAUGCUUUUUUUUCGUAUCUUUAAUGUAGUUAUCGUAACCAAAUAAACCGUCCACAAUGUUUUAAAGUAUUUAUAAUGUAGCUAACCUAACCUAAUUGACCAUUAGUAUCCUUUUAUCAACACCGCCAUAUUUAUUUACAAUGAACGAAAAAAAAUAACCGAAGAUGCACGAUCGGGCGUUUGGCUCUCUCGUCUGUGAAAAGAAGGCUUCCCAGGUGCAGAUCACCGUUUGAUAAGUCUUCGUCGUGCGACGUGCGACGCUAGCGCCCGUGUGCAGCGGUGGCAAAAGAGAGAGAGAGACUGGAACUGGGAGUCAAGUCGCGUCGGCCGGACUGUACACACCGGUCUCCGCGCACGGAGUUUCGCGCGGCGCGGGUGGAAACGUUUAACUGGGCGUGCCUCAUGUUUCGUCCACACGAAAUGUGUUAAAAAAGGUUUCGGAGCUGCACGGUGGUUUAGGACUUUACUACGAGUGCACGAGGUUCACGGUGCCAGCGCAUCUGGCUGUAUUCACGAGGAGGCGCGCGAGUUUUUCGUCAUCGUACCGGUGAUGCAACAGAGCUAGGACCAAGUUGACUUCGCCUUCUUGGCUCUACUCGCAGACGUGCUAAUCGAGGAUCGUGAAGUUGUGAGGGAGUAAGAAGAAGACUGACCGUGCUACGGGUCGUAAGUACGCUCUGCGCCACGCUGACAACCCUCGACUACAAACCUGAUGCCCACCGCGGACCUGUUCAGCGACCCGGAGACGACUGCCUACUCGCAGCUGCUGUUCGACACGGAGAGGGACCAGGUGGUGGUCGGCGCGAGGGACGCCCUGUACCGCCUGUCCCUGCGGGGGCUGACCCUGCUGGAGAAGGCCUCGUGGCCGGCGCCCGGCGACAAGGCGGCCCUGUGCCAGGUGAAGGGCCAGUCCGAGGCCAGCUGCCACAACUACGUCAAGGUGCUGCUGACCAACGGCAAGAGGCUGUUCGCGUGCGGCACCAACGCCUUCUCGCCGCAGUGCUCCUGGAGAGAGCUAGAGAACGUGAACAACGUGCUAGAGCUGGUGAAGGGCGUGGCCAAGUGCCCCUACAACCCUCUGGCCAACGUGACUGCGCUGCUGACGAGGGGCGGCCAGUACUUCGUGGGCAGCCCCGCCGACUUCUCGGGCGCCGACCCGGCCAUCUACCGCAGCAUGAGCACCGGCGACCGCGCCACGCUGCGCACCAACCAGUACAACAGCAAGUGGCUCAACGACCCGCAGUUCGUGGGCUCCUUCGAGCGGGACGGCUUCGUGUACUUCUUGUUCCGCGAGAGCGCCGUCGAGUACAUCAACUGCGGCAAGAUAAUCUAUUCCCGCAUCGCACGAGUGUGCAAGAAUGACAGCGGAGGGGAGCUGAUGCUGAAGGACAACUGGACCACGUUCGUGAAGGCGAGACUCAACUGCUCCCUCCCGGGGGAGUAUCCUUUCUACUUCGACGAGAUCCAGGGCAUGGCAUACGUGCCUUCAGUGGACAUGGUGUAUGCCACGUUUACAACCCCGAGCAACAGCAUACCGGGCUCGGCGAUCUGCGCCUUCAACAUGACGGCGAUCAACUCCGCGUUUGCGGGCCCGUUCAAGCACCAGUCGAGCAGCGGCUCGGCCUGGGAGCCCCACCACACCCCUCGCCGCCACCACUUCGAGUGCCAGGCGGCGGCACCCCAGUCCCGCCAGCUGCUGGACUCGUCCAAGUACCAGCUGAUGGACCACGCGGUGCAGCCGACCACGCUCGGCCCGCUCUACACCGGCCAGCUGGAGACCCUCACCCACAUCGCGGUGGACGUCAUGUCCACAAACCUCUACAGUGACCAGCACGUGCUGUAUGUGGCGACCACCACUGGUUUCGUGAAGAAGAUAUCCGUACUCUCGCGCACUCACGAGACGUGCGUUGUGGAAGUGUGGAAGCUGCACUCCGGGGAGUCCCCGGUGCCAAUCAACACUGUGCAGUACCUCAAGGAGACUGAGUCCGUGUACGUGGGGCUGACGGAGGGCGUGCUGCGCGUCCCGGCGCAGCACUGCGACAGGCACGGCAGCCGCGAGGCCUGCCUCAACGCCAUGGACCCGUACUGCGGCUGGAACGAGCUUAAAGAGCAGUGCACCACCGCCCCCAACCGCAACCCGCUGGCCAAGUACUGGCAGCAGUCCGUCACCCGCUGCCCUGUGCUCACCGAUCCAGUGGAUGGGGGCUGGGGCAGCUGGUCCAGCUGGUUCCCCUGCUCGCACCUGGGCCCGGGCCAAACGGAGCCGGGCGGCGACGAGUGCAGCUGCCGGCGGCGGCACUGCGACAACCCGGCGCCGCGGCACGGCGGCCGGCCGUGCGAGGGCGUCUCGGUGGCCGUGGCCAACUGCACGGUGCACGGGGGCUGGACCGCCUGGUCGGCGUGGUCGGCCUGCUCCCAGACGUGCGGCAUGGCCGUGAAGACGCGGCGGCGGCAGUGCGGCAACCCGGCGCCCGCUCACGGCGGCCGCGUGUGCGUGGGGCCCGACCACAGCGAGAUAUACUGCACGACCAACCCUCCCUGCCCCGCGCUAACCCCGCCUCCCCGCGACGGAGGCUGGAGCUCGUGGGGCCCCUGGGACGAGUGCUCUGCCUCUUGCGGGGGCGGCUACAGGGUGCGCCGGCGGCGCUGCGACAACCCCGCCCCGGAGCAUGGCGGCCAGGACUGCCAGGGCUGCCACACCGACCACGAGACGUGCGGUGCCGUCGCCUGCCCCGAGGUGAGGCGGCUGUCGCAGUGGACCCCCUGGCUGCCGACCAACGCCUCUGCCGGCGGCGGGGGGUCGUACCUGGAGCGGCGGUACCGGUUCUCGUGCAAGGCGCCCGUGGGCGACCCCGCGCUGCUCAAGAUCGUCCCGGUCAAGGAGGAGGACAGAUACUGCAACGCAGACGGAUCCUGCAUGAAGACAGGUCGCGGCGACGGGGAGGAGGCCUGGUCGGAGUGGACCGGCUGGUCUGAUUGCUCGGCCGAGUGCGGCACGGGCCACCAGCACCGCACCCGGACGUGCGAGGGACGCCGCGAGAGCUGCGAGGGAGCUUCGAGCAUGGCGCGCAGCUGCAACACCCACCCUUGCAGAGGCGAGUGGGGCUGCUGGACGGACUGGUCUUCGUGCUCGGCGACGUGCGGCCAGGGCAGGCGCCAGCGCACCCGCCUGUGCCUCAGCGUCGGCAGCCGCAACCUGCUGGAGACGGGCUGCGACGGCUCCUCCGUGCAGCAGGAGCCCUGCGAGUUGGCCAGCUGCGAGUCCCUGCAAGGUUGGGAGCCGUGGACGGUGUGGUCGGAGUGCGACAGGCAGGACGAGCAGCACCGCCGCAGGAAGUGCCUCACCACGAACCCUGGACCCGAGCUGUGCCAAGGACACGACCAGGAGACCCGCAUGUGCGUCGAGCUGCGGGACGACAACGAAAUAUCUCCGCUGGGGGUCCAGAGCAGCCUGGACUCCAGCGGCGCUGGCUCAGUCUCUGUCGGCGUGAUCCUCGGUUCGUGCCUGGUGGCGUUCCUGGUGGGCGUGAUCGCCGGCACGGCGCUGUGGUACUUCUACCAGCAGCGCAAGAGACCGCGCGUUCCCGGCAGCCCGCACUACAUAUCGUCCAAGCAGAACCCGUACGUGACGGUGCCGCUGAAGGAGACAGCGGCCGCGGCGACGACUCCGAGCGCCAAGCGCGCGCCGUCGGGGGCCGGCGGCCUGCCCGGGAGCCCGCACAAGGGCUCGGCCAAUGGCGGGACGCCCAAGCUGUUCGCCAAGCCGCUCGUCGAGUACGAGACGGCCACCAUAAAGAGGAACAGCCACGGCAUGGCGAACGGGCACAUGCGCACAGACUUGGAGCAGGACAAGUUCUUCUGAAGAGGAGCAGUCGCGCAUCGUCCUUCCUCGCCGGAAAAUAGGCCUAUGCAGGGUGGUUGGGGGGAUGGGGGUGGAGUUCAUCCCCCUCCCCCUCUCUUAAAUUCCUAAAAAAAAAAAACAUAUAUCGUUCCCACCAACAAAUAUAAAUAUUCGCACCCCGAGUACAAGACUAUCGUAACUCAAAAAAAUAGAGUUUUUGAGAUAUUUUUACCAUAAGCAGGAAAAUAUCAUUAUCUAGGCACUGCAAGACUAUCGCAAUAUUAUAUUUACUUUUACGGGACUUAUGACAAAUAAUGUAGUGUUGCACUCUGGAAAAUAUUGUAUAAGAAUAUGUGCAAGACUAUGGCAUCUGAGUUGUGAUCGUGUUGCACUGAUUUUUGAGUUACGAUAGUCUUGUACUCAGGGUGCGCAAUGUGAAAGGAAAACAGCAAGUAAUGACGUUCUAUACCCCCUUCCCCCCCACCCAAAGCCUGAAAUGAAAUUUGGCGUGUGCUUCAGCUGCAAAACAACAAUCUUAGAUUGUGUACAGUAUUGUUUUAAGACCACCUAUGUGGUUCACGAUAUGAGAGUAAUGAGAAACUAGUGUCUUAAAAGAUGUUUUUAAGUGAAGACACUCUUAAAAAUGAAAAACUUGUUAUUUAGUGCCUAAUCAAUGUGAGACUUCUGAAACUGCCAACUGGCUGUAUGGAUUGUGAAUUCUAGGUGGACAAAUGUAGAAUCAUUGACUGCAAUUCGGUUUGCUUGUGGUGACAACACGGACUAAUAUUUUAAUUAGCUGUGUGGUCGUGAGUAAUAAUUGUGGUGCUGCGAGAAAAGAACAGAAUGUAUUUUUCCUAUGGAUGUUCAUAUUAAAUUUUUAUUUUUUUAUAACAUGUGGAUUUAAUAAUAAUGUUACUUGUUGCAGAUAAUGAUAUUUUUUUUAUUAUGAAAAUGAUUUUACAAAUUGUGUGCUAAAUUAUAGCUGUCUUCCAGCAUGUGUGUUGUAGGAAAAUGGAAGUUACAUUUUAUGGAAUGUUAAUGGUAUGAAUUUUACAGAUGUACCUUGAGAAUUUAUUGAUAACCUAACUACUUAGGAGUUCUUAAAACCUUGAGUAAGAACUCAGUGGUUUGUUUUUCAAUUAAAAAAAGGGACCAACAUUGAUAAUAAUUUUUGCAAGACUUUGCCCUAUCACAAUUGUUGUCUUCUUGACAUACCAGCGAUUUUAUAUAAGGAUAAGUCAACUUAAAAAAAAUACCAAAAUAUAUCUGAAUAAAAUAUUCACAUACUCAUUGCAUCAUUUGUGGUGUAAAAUCUUGAAUAUACUCUUAUCCUUAAAAACAGGCUUCAGUUUUGUAACUACAGACAAAGUUAAUAAUGAGCUAGGAUGUUUGGAUAUGUGAGAAAGCUAGGAAAAUAGGAAUACAGGAAAUAAGGCAAUAUAAUAAAUACUUAAGGUAUACAUACAAUGAAGACAUACUAACACUAAACAUUCAAUACAAUGGUUUUUCACUCAUUUUUACUCACUCUUUGCCUUUUACUAUAAUACUGGUUAGCUAAUGAAAAAAUGCUUUAGUACUUGCAAGUCACUUUAGAUUGAUAAACAGUUAUUACUUUUGAUUUGACAUGAAAUAUCAAGUCAAAUUUUGAAUCUUUGUACAUGCAAACAUGCACGAAAUGCAUAUAAAUGGUUGAAAAAAAAUAGCAAUUUUUUUCAAUUGAGCCAAAUUUAUAGUUUUUUUUUAAUGUAUUUUGUGCUUGACAAUUUAUUGGGGCUCCCAAUUUUUAUAUGACUGCCUUUUUAAAUAUGAAUGUCAGCAAAACCUUACAAUACUUAAAAAUAGAUACCUAACGUUUAACAUUUCCAGAAGUUUGUGCAAAUUUGUGUUAAAAUUAUGCACUGUAAAUAAAAUGUUUAUUUUUUAGAAGCAUUUAUAUGGAGGGAAAUAAAACCUAACAUGGGCAUUUGAACACCAUUGUAACUUACUUUAGUUGUCAACACUAUGUAUGUACACAUUCACAUUUAACUAAAUUCAAUGUUAAAUUUCGGCUGCUGGAAUUAAAAUUUUCAUUGUUACAAAAUCUAAUUUUUGUUUGGAUGUACAUUAAAGGUAUUGUAUUUCCUGUAAAAAUACUGUUUCUAGUUCUGUUUCACAGUGUAAUGAAUUUGUCUACAAAUAAUUUAGAGAAAUACAAAACAAAUGCUAUGAAAUUACCUAACUUUUUUGUUGUAUAUUUCAUCAUUCAUUAAAUAAGACUGAAUUUGUAAUAAAUAUAAAAAAAUGUUAAGCAAUAAUUGGUUUAAGAAAGAUGGUAUGUACUGAAUAUUUUAUCAAAUAUCAUUUUAUCAAAUAUUUUAUUUUUGCUCUAAAUUGUGAUAUGCCUCACACUGAUAGUUUAACCAACAAGAUAUUUUUGAAUGAACAAAUUGGUGAAGGAUAAAAAAAGGCUUAAUCAUUGAUUAAGAAUGUAUUUACAGUUAAUGCUUAGAGUUCCUGCUAAACUUUGUAAUUACUGUAUGAUAUGUAUAUAAAAAUAGUGUGUAAUUUUUUAAAGUGCCAUUUAACAUGAAAAUGAUGUAUGAAAAGGUACAGUACAAAUGUUUGGUUGUAAAAACUUUAAUGUGUAAUAUGUCAUAUGAAUUAUGUGCCAAGAAAAGCCUGAACCUUACAUAGAUGUGAGUUUGUGCUUAGCAAUUUAUUGGGGGUUCCCAAUUUUUAUAUGAAUUGUCUUUUUAAAUUUGAGUGUCAGCACUACCUUACAAUACUGAGAAAUAGAUAAGGUGUAGCAUUUUCAGAAGUUUGUGCAAAUUUGAAAUGUUAAUUAACAGAAUUUUUGUUUUCAUGUUAGUAAGAUUUGGUUCUUUUACUUGUAAAUUAUUUUUUUGUUAAAUGUAAUUGAAAUCCAACAAUAUGUGCUUUGAGUAACAACAAAUACUAAAUACCAUAUCUACUCAAAUAAAAUGCACGUAAAUUUCUUAAAAUGUGUUUUGGAGUAUGGUGCAGGGCAGCGAUGCACACCACAAGUUCUGUCAAGCCCCAUAGUUGAUUAACUGGCUUAUCGGACAAGUCUUUUCGUGGUUCUAUAUGUGCGUUUCUGUUAGAAAGACAUUGCAAAGAUUACUAAGCUCAGACUUAUUUGAGAGCAUUGUUAUUCGGGUAAAUACAGUGAUAUUUUUAUGAAUAUAAUAUAGUUUAACAUUUCAAGGGCAGAAAAUUAGAGAGAUGACAUAUUGUGUAAUUAACAGAUGGUUGCAUAGCCACGUUCAAUCUUUAAUUGCCUUGGUUCAUGUGAUGCGAUCUUAGGAGUCCAUGAUUUUGUGAAGCACUGCUAGGGAAAACUUGAGUGACUGAUUUUUUUUUUUUAACUUGCAGCCAUGGAAUUGGGACGAUUGAAGUGCCUAGUUCUAAAGUACCUCUCAAAUCUCAAAGCUUAUCUUUUGUAUUAAAAAUAACCUGCUGUAAAUUAACAGUUAAAUUUUUUUUAGUUAUUAACUAAUGUAACUGUUAAUGGUGAUCCUCAUCUGUUGUAUUUUUGUCAUGUUAUACUUAUUGAUGUGGCUGGGAAACUUCUUUUCCACUUCAAUUUGAACCGGAUUAUAAAAAUAACCUGAACAUGCUGAAUGAAACUACCAAAUGUAUGGCUCACCGUUAACUGUAGUGCCAGGCUGGCUACAUUCUGGAAAAGUCUAGGAUUGAUAAUGAAAAGUCGGUGAAAAUGUUAUUACUGAUGUUUGUGGCCAUCCUACAGACUGAGCUCUGAACUGAAUGUGAGUUGAUAUGCGAAUUUCAUUUAAUGCAACUCUUGGAGUGCCUUGCUGCACGUAUCAACUGAAAAGUGAUCUUACAGCUGAGGUUUUCUUUCCUCACUGUAAAAAUACACUGUUCCAGCUAAUACAACUUUUCUUAAUGGAAGAAUAUUAUUUCUUUUAAUCAUAUGUAUGUCUUAAAAAUGGCACACUUCAUAUAUUAUUUACUAGCUGAUAUACCCACACAUUGCUUCUAAAGUCCAGUGGCAGAAACUCGUACUAAUUUGGCCCUGUUCAUGCCACACCUUCAACAAAAAAAAAUAAUUGUAAUUUUGAAAAUCAUAUGAAUAAAAAAUAAUUUAAAUUUAAGAAUUAUUGGAAAAAAUAUAUAAAUAAAAAAUGCCAUUUUGUUUUUAAAGACCUUCAAAUUUACAUUUAAUUAACUAAAUGCAUGAAAGAUUAAAUCUCGAUCCGAAAGCAAAUGAGGCGUUAAACGCUGUGGUACCCGUUGUCAUGGAGAUGAACAAAGAAAAAACAAUGGUGACCAUGGAGAAAAUUUGGUCGAAAAUUGCUGGAAAAAAAAAAACAACAAAAGAACUAAAGUGAAUUUUGAGAAAUUGGCUUUGAUCUGCAAACCAUUCUUGGAUACCUAAUCCUCAUGCCAAAUUUUAUGCCCUUGGGCUUUGCCAUCUAUGUGCUUCAUGAGCAAUGGAUAGACACAAAUUUUUUCCCAAGUUUCAAAUGUAUUUGUAUAAAAGAAUAUUUUGUCAGUUUGAUGUGAAUGUCUGUAAAUAACUUUGUCAUUAUACUAAUUAUGUAAUUAGUAUAAGUACUCAUUUUACGCACAGAAAAAUAUUUAAUGUGAGUGAGUGAUGUAUGCAGUAUUUCUUUUGUGUGUUUUUUGAUAUACAGAGCAUUUUAAAUUAUACAUUCACAUUUGUGUUGGGCGGAAUAAAAUCCAUAACCUGUGAAGUUUUUUUGUCAUGUAAAUAAAAUUGUACUGCUUUGUCAAGUUGAUGACUCACAUUGAGUCCAUGCUGCUCUUGUUAAUGUAAGCAAAUUUGCAUUUUUGUUAUUAAAUACACAUUUUAUACCACAUUAUGUAUUUUUCAUUUAUUGGAAUAAUUUUUUCCUAUUUAGUGCAACCAUACUGUUAUUCACCUUACGUAAUGGUGCUUUGGGUCAUGUGUAAUACUCAAUAGGUACCUCACUUGAUUUACUUUCAAUGUUCUGCAACCGGUUCAGUUACAGAUUGUAUCCUUUGUGCUAAAUAAUUUUGGUUCAUCAGGUGAAGUUCCAUUAAAAGAGAUCAAAUUAAAUGUUGAAAAAUUGAAACAGUUGGUUGAAAAAUAAGGCAGUGCAAAUAAAUCAAAACUGUGUAUUAGUCUAUUAUUAUAUGGGCUGAUUUUGUAAAAAAAUAAACUAUUCUUUUUUAAAAAAAAGUUCUCAUGUUCAUUUGAUAUUUAUUGCUACACACAUUCACUCUUGGUAGCACUAGAAAUAUAAUUUCAAUCAGCUGUUGAAUGGGGGAGGGGUUGUUUGUAUGGUGGGGAUAUUAUAUAUUUUCAUUUUGCUUAUAACUUAUUAACUAAUAUAGAUUUCGAAAUGAUGCUUGCUUGAUAUGUAAGACAACGAUGCUCUUAUCAAAGUCCCUUUCUUCAAAAACAUGCAUAAAUUAUGGUUCAAACCUAGACAAUACACUUAUGCAUAUUAGUAAAGAUUAGUAUAAAACCAUAAUUUAUGCACAUUUUUGAAAAAAGGGGCUUUGAUAAAAGCAUCGUUGUCUUACAUAUCAAGCAAGCACCAUUUUUAAAUCUGUAUUAGUUAAUGUUAUAAGCAAAAUGAAAAUAGCAUUGAAUCUUAUGAGGUUAACGCGGGUUGCGUAGUGCCCCUGAAACACUGGAGUGGCCUCUUAAGGGAAGUGACUAAUUUUUGCAUUUCUCAUCUGCAGAUGACUGAGAACCAGGUGUGGAACUUGGGGCAGAAGCUGUCGCAGUCGCUCAUACACCACCACAGAGUUCCAACAUGGCAGCUGUCGCCUGAUGUUCCCGAGCAUUCCUGUGCCUGGCCAUGAAGUUUCUGAGCAACUCGUCUGUGUACCGCAUCUCGGCCCGCACCUGACUCCAGCUACCUGUGCCCUGGGGGGCGGUGGUGACAACCGAUUAGAAGUUUGCCCUGAACUGGUGAAGCUCGAGCUGUGUAGCGUCUGUGCAACCUCCCGACCAUGUCGAGAUGCUGCAGGCGUCCACAGCAAACCUACUCCAUGCCACGGAUCCCUUGCUGUGUGAGCGGACACCAUAUCUAGGCACACCGUAAAAUUAUCAAUUUUUUUAUUAGUUUCACCUGUAUAUACUACGUAUAACAGUUUGUUUCGUUAUUGUUUGAAAUUUAUUCUUAAAGCAUUAAAGAUGUUACUAUGAACUUUAGGAAUUAUACUUAAAUACACUGUACUUUAAGGAAGCCCGAAAUUAGCCAAAGAAAUUAUAACGACGUAACAAUUAUUGUUGAAACUAAGUAAUUUUUUUCGGUUUGUAUCUCCCAAAUUCAUUGUAAACUCGUCGUAAAGUCGUAUGACAAAAUUACAGCGUGAGACGUAGGUCACAUCGAAAGGAUGUGUUUGUUUACCUUUGCCGCGUAAUAAAUGUAUUGCUACAUGAGGUAACAAAAACCUACAAAAAAACAUGGAACCAAAAAAAUUGGAACUGCAAUGACCUAGUUAGGAGAAACGUGUUUGAGGGGGUUUAGGCAAACCUAGCCUUCCUUAAAGUUGGACUUCAAAAUGAAAAAUUUUUUUUAUGAAAUUUAUAAGUAUGGUAGUAAAAGUACUUAGAAAUGCCAGAUACUACUGACAAAAUAUUGUUACAGUUACAAACUUAAACAAGUUCAUUGUUCUUUAAAAUUUAUAACUAUGGCUGAUUUUUUAUUGCACAAAAACACUUGUUUUUGCAGGUUGCUGUUAGCUGGCCUGGCUUUGGGGGUCAAUACUUUUGUGACUUCCAACAGUUGGCGUUACAAAUUCUAGCAGCAAUGUUAAGACAUGUGAAUCUCGCUCUUCUGUGCAUCUACAGUUUUUGUAUUCAAUGUUUUUUCCAGGUAUUGUGUUUGAAGUGGAAGAUAUUGGCAAUUAUCUUAAGUAGGGUUUAUUUCACGCACACAAAAAAAAAUAGUUUUGUUCAUAGGAUAUGAAGUAGAUAUUUUCACAUUCUUGUGGAAAUCUUUGCCAACAACGCUUCUACUAGUAGAGCUACAAAAGCAUUUUUUGACACCAAAAAUUUAUUUGCCUAGUUAUAACUUGACACAAGAUUUUGUAGUUUUUAGUUCAAUUCAGUGUUUUAAACGUGGCAUGUCAGUGUCAUUGUUAAUAGUUUUAUAAAUUCUGUUUAAUAAUACUUACUCCACCAAAGUUAUGAUAAAAAAAAUUUAAUUUCAAACAAUGAGCUGCACAAUCUAACAAAAUAAAUUACCUUUUUAGUAGUACCCUAUCGAAUCAGUUAAAUUCUUGUAACUCUUGCUGCUUUAUUUGCCAAGAAUUUCUCUAGGAACUUGAUAAAAAAAAACCAGUGACAAUGUCGAAAGCAGCAUAAUGUGUAUCAUCCUAACUGUGAAUUGUGUACAAUAUUUGUUUUGCUAAAAUAUUUGUUGAAUAAUUUAUUGAUAUAAAUGUUCACACAUACAAAGAAUUCAAUAAAUGCAAAUUAGGUAGGUUUUAUUCAAAACCUGUUGGGGAUAGGAAAUUUGGUUCGAGAAAAUUUCAGGCAGGAAAAAUAAGUUUUCCACAAAAGCAGAAUAGGAAUUAAUUUGAGGUUAUAUAUUAAAAAAAUUUAGUCACUUUUUCGAAGGAAAAAUGUUAAUUUUAUUGUGUACACCCAAAUUUUACAUUGCUAAAGGCAGAUAAUUUUCAUGGUUCACAAAAAUACCACAAAAAAUGGCUAACCUUAAUUAUUAGGUAACCACAAAAUUAUUCAAAAAGUCCUAUUUGUUGAAAUUAGUUCAUUAACCUAAAUGAUUCACUCGUUUAAGUUAUUUAUGAUGGUCACUUACCCAUUCAGGGAAGUUACAAACAUUUGCAGUAAAUUUUCACUCAAUUUUAUCACUUAUUUACGUAUGUUGCUUUCAAGGUGCAAGUCACAAAGUUUAUAACAUCCUAGAUAAAUGCAGCAAGUAAGCAACUAACUACUGUGUGAACAUUUAUAGAUCACAACUAUAGUUUCAACUACUGCAUUCACAUUUUGCCAAUAGCAUAACAGGUCCUGUGAUUUUUUUGAAGUAGGUAGUCCAUGUUUAAAGUUUUUUUUUUUUCAUUACUAUAGCAUGUCUCACACUUGGAUACCAAUGUGCAUUCUGUGUUUCCAAUGCCCAAUUUCUGCCACAAGUGCUGUUCUUGUUCACUGUUCCCUGUAGCCGGACAUGCUUAUAUUGACAACUGCAAUUAUACUAUCUAUAGAGACAAAUGUAUGGUCUUAAAAUCAACACAAAGUAAAUAAUUUAAAAAAAUUAAAAUUCUCUGUAAUUUAAGAUGGUUUACAAAAUGAUAUUUCGUGUUUUUUUAGCCAUGUCUAAUUCUUAAUUUUCAGUCAUUGAAAUAUUUCACCAAUAUGUAACUUUGAUUACAGAAUUCAAUUUUUGAAAUAUACCUAAAUAAUGUGAUUGUUUACAAAUGUGCUUGUGAAAAUUUGUCAUUCUGUUGAUAAUAGUUUGUUUGAACUGAUCAAAAUGGUGUGUUUCCAAGUGCUUGCAUGUAUUGAAUUAGGUUAGAGUGCUUACACUACUUUGGCACCAGAAUAUUUAUACUACCAGAAUAGAAUCAAAUGCAAUGACACAAGAAAAACUGUUAUCCCAUCCAGAUGGUUAUCUUCCAUUCCAAUUGUAUACAUUUGUAGAAACAGAACUAUUAAUGUUUUUUUAACUCUGGUAUGAGAUGAUUAAAAUAGAAUAAAUACUUGUUUGAUGAUGCAAAUGUAAACCGACCAUCAAAUGUCAAAACCAUCAGAUUUUUCUAACUCUAGUAAUUACUAACUUAGAGGAAGGAAUUUAUAUGUAUUUUUUUUUUUUUUUCAAUUUAAAAAUAAGGCCAAAAUUCCACGGUUUUUGCUUGCAAAAAAAAUGUGCAAUUGGUCAUUUCUUUAACUGCAUAAUUCAAAAACCAGAAAAAAAACAAAUCAAAUUCCUUCCUCUAAGUUAAUAAUUACUAUGGCUACCAUAAUAUCAAAGUUCAGAAAAAUCCUAGCACCUCUUGUUUAAUAGUCAUUUUUAUUGGUUGACUUAUGCACAUUGUAAUUAUGAAUUAUUUUUGUGUACAUAAUGUUUACAGAUGUAUGUUAAACUGUUCAUUAAUUAUGUCGAUUGGAAAUAAAAUUUCAUUUUAAAUAGGAAACAAUGUUUUUCUUAUUUACCUACCUUAAUUAAAUUUUUUACAUAAUAAACUAGGAAUGAAUUUUUUGUGUGUUGGACUUAGGGCAGUUUUUUAAGGGAUUUUUAAAGCAAAAACAGGCA